AUGGCGAUGGCGAGGCGAGGCGAGGCGCCGCGGAAAGGGCGGUCGGCCGCGCUUCUCGAUAAAAUUUGCCGGACCGGCGGCGCGGAGGCGGCCGGCGGCGCGGCCGCGCCGCCCCACCGCCUCCGCUCCGCCUCCGCCGUCAGCUACCGCGCCGCCACCGGCCCGGAACGGAGAAGGCGCGGGCGAGGGCUGGAGCGAGGGGCGACGGGAGGUUGGUGCGGUUGGCGGUGCCGCGCGAGGCCGCCCUCCAAGAGCGGGGUUCGCCGGGGCCUGAAGAUGCCGGUCGCCCGCCACCUAGGAGGCGAAGGGGCGUCUGCGGUCGCCGCGGGGGCCGCGGGGAUCGCAGGGGCUGGCGCGGAGCUGCGGACGAAUCUCCUCCGGCCGCCGCCGCCUGCCCGCCACACCGCGCCACCGACCGCCGCGGCUGUUACAGUUGCUCGCCGCGCCGUAAGGAGACCCGGCCGUGCCGCCGCCACCGCCGCCGACCUCCGCUCGCCGCCAGCGCCGCCGCCGCUGCCGCUGCCCCGGGAAACCAGUGCUGCGCCGCCGCGCGUCUCGCGAUUUCCCCCGGGCGUCGGAUAUCGGUAUGUUUCUUCAGCUUCAUCCCGUAUAGUCUGCCACAAGUCUCAACUACAGAUACGGAUUUUCGUGUAUUGCCAGCCUCUACGUGAAUCGUCGAUGGUGCUCACGAUUUUGCCAGUGAUUUGUAUCUGCCAUGCGAGUAUACCAUCUUUGAAGAAGAAGAAGAAGAAGAAGAAGAAGAAGAAGAUGAUGAUGAUGAUGAUGAUGAUGAUGAUGAAUGCUAAAAACACAGACUUAGCA